UACAUUUUUAAUUUGCUUUUAUUCCCUUUUACUAUGUUUGUUAAGUGAGGGCGAAAAUAUUAUCUACAGUGGCUACAGUAAACAACACACCACCGCCUGUUAAGCUGAAAAGUUUGUGCCGAACUACUUCCGGGUUAAUUUUGUAACUACCCUUAACAGACUAUACCACCCUGUUACCUUGUCCCAGCUGUUGACCUGUCAUCGGCACCGUCGUCCAUGUCCACCGCGGUGCUUGUAGCCGCUGUCGUCGGCGGUGGGGUGCUCUUCCUGAUGCGGCGUUUGUUUCCACAGCAGAAGAAAGUGGUGAAACUGCUCCAGUAUUCCGCCGACACGAUGCGAGGAAAGACGGUCAUCGUCACCGGAGCUAACAGCGGGAUAGGAAAGGCCUUGGCCGGGGAACUGCUGAAGCUCCAGGCCCGGGUCAUCAUGGCAUGUCGGGACCAGGGCAGCGCCGAACAGGCAGCCCAGGACAUCAAGAAACAAGCGGGACCAGAACAAGGGGAAGUGGUCAUCAAACACCUGGAUCUGGCCUCACUUCGAUCAGUCCGAAAAUUCUGUGAAGAAAUCAAUGCGGAGGAAAGCAAGAUUGACAUACUCGUCAAUAAUGCAGGCAUCUUCCGGUGUCCCUACACAAAGACAGAGGAUGGUUUUGAGAUGCAGCUUGGUGUGAACCACCUCGGUCACUUCCUCCUCACCCACCUCCUGCUGGACCUCCUGAAGCGCUCCACCCCCAGCCGCAUCGUUGUGGUCUCCUCGAAACUUUAUAAGAGCGGCCACAUUAACUUUGAUGACCUGAACAGUGAAGUAAACUAUAAUAAGUCCUUCUGCUAUAGUCAGAGCAAGUUGGCCAACCUGCUGUUCACACUCGAACUGGCUCGCCAACUGGAGGGUACAGGGGUCACAGUCAAUGCUCUAACCCCCGGCAUUGUGAGGACCAGACUAGGCAGGCAUGUCCAAAUCCCUCUGCUGGCAAAGCCGCUCUUCUACCUUGCCUCACUGGUCUUUUUCAGAAGCCCACUGGAAGGAGCCCAGACUCCACUGUAUCUGGCCUGCUCCCCAGAGGUGGAGGGAGUGUCGGGGAAGUGUUUCGCUGAUUGCGAGGAGGAGGAGCUGAUGGCCAAAGCUACAGAUGACCAGGCAGCCAAGAAAUUGUGGGACAUAAGCAGUAGGAUGGUUGGACUCACUAACUGAGCACAGUCCUGUAGUUUUGACAUUACUUGGGGAACUGCCCUCUUGGGGAUAUAAGCAUUAAUGGACUGCCAUACUGUGCCAAUGGAGUGUGUAAAUUAAGUUUCUCAGAGCAAGAGCACUGAGUGUACACUGCAGUGAGUUGAUCAGGUGAUUUAUAAAGCCAUGCAAUGCACAUGGUCUUUCUAGAAAGUCAAUAAACGUGGAGAAAAAAAAAAAGAUGUAAAAACUUGACUGUGUAAGAUUUGGGAGGAUCUAAGUCCAGAAAUUGAUAUCAUGUUAAUUAAGUCAUUGUAGAAUCAUCUAAAAAUAAGAAUCAAAUGAACCAAUUAUAGGGAGCGGGUCCCCUCUGCUGACUCCCAUCAUGUUGUGCUGUAGUGUUUUUACAGUUGCUUAGAAUGGAUUUCUUUUUUGUCUCCAUUUUAUAGCAUGCGGCUUCCAGCUUCAAGGUACAUUACCAUCAACUGCUAUAUGUGAGUGUGGACCAGAGUUAACAUCCGCUUAACCUAAAAACCCAGAACGGACAAAACAAGCACUGUCUCUACUGAGGAUUUCAUGUUUACUGCAGUCACUCUCACGCAGGUUAAUGAGAGGUGGUUUGCAGUCUGUAGCUUCAUCUAUACGUCACAAAAUUAUACAAACUGACUCUUUAAUAUCAUUGCAAACAGGCCAAAACAGAAUUAAAGUUGCUUGUUUAUUGUAUAAAAGAAGUGCCUGGUUGGUCUUAUUUGUUGGUGUAUAAAUAAAACAAAAAACUGUCAGUGUCUCUUCAUAAUGACCUGACGAUUCUCAAAAACUUGUAGAUCAAAGUGAGAGGAGCCGUUUCUUCAUAUCACUCAUCAAAGACAAGCUGAAGUUUCAUUUUUCCUCCAUUGUGAGGUCACGUUACUGCUUGUUCUGUGCAAAUCGUUGGAACAACUUGAAAUGCAAACCCAUUUCUAGUUCAACUAUUGUAUUGAAUGCUGAAUUUAUGCCUACUUAGACAUGCACUUUUUGCAAAUGGAGGUGGGGGGACAGCUGUUAAUCUGGUUUUAUCCCUUGAUGUGUUUUUUUCUGCUGUGUCUGGAACAAUAAGGUUGUCAGUGUACGUCAGCAAGAUGUUGGUACGCUGCCCCUUUAACAGUAUGGAAUGAAAGAAGGUGACGCUAUUCCUUCAGUGUGAACUUUUGGUAUAUAAGAACAAGUAUUACAAAAUAAAAUAAUGUCUGAAAUGA